CCCAAAUAAACACAUCUCUCUCCUCCUCAUCUCUCUAUUUCCAGAUCGAACUCGCCCCUCCUCACAAAUGCCUUUGUCACACUCCCUCCUUUCGCGGAGGUUCUCGAUUUCCUUCAGAGACCUGGGAGCGAAGACGGCGCCCGAAUCCUAUUCUCACCAAUCACCACCACCACCGAAGAUGCUUCCUCCUCCGCCGCCGUCUGGGUCGGCGAUGCUCCCUGAGUUGCUGGGGGAAAUCAUACGCCGCGUGGAGGAGAGCGAGGACCAAUGGCCGCAGCGUCGAGACGUGGUGAGUUGCGCCUGCUUGUCGAAGAAGUGGAGGGAGAUCGCGCCGGAGACGGUUAGAUCUCCGGUUAACUUCGGCAAGAUCACUUUCCCUUUUGCCUCAAACUGGUCCAAGAGAGUUUUCAAAUCAGUGCCUGAUAAAGAGGAACAAGAGGACAUCAAGUCAUCAACCUUUUUCUUGUAUCUCGCUCUCACACCAGCAUUCACUGCUAAGGGGAAGUUUCUUCCGGCGGCGCGAAGGUUCAGGACCGGAGCUUACACUGAGUACAUCAUAUCACUUGACGCUGAUUUCUCACAAGGAAGUAAUGCCCACGUUGGGAAGCUAAGAUCGGAUUUUCUUGGGACCAACUUUACAAUAUACGAUAGACAACCUCCACACAACGGAGCAAAAUCCUCAAACGGCAAAGCCAGCCGCAGAUUCGCAUCAAAGCAGAUAAGCCCACAAGUCCCAGCAGGCAACUUCGAAGUGGGUCACGUUUCUUAUAAAUUCAACCUCUUAAAAUCAAGAGGUCCAAGAAGAAUGAUAAGCACACUCCGUUGCCCAUCCUCAUCAUCACCACCACCACCACCACCACCACCACCACCACCACCACCAACCUUAUCCACUGACCAAAACCCAUGUGAUGUUGUCACCAAGAUGGUGAAAAAGCCCAAAAAGGACGGUUCAGGGUUGACGAUACUAAAGAACAAAGCUCUGGGAUGGCACGAGCACUUGCAAUGCUGGUGUCUGAACUUCCACGGAAGAGUGACCGUUGCUUCGGUCAAUAACUUCCAGCUUGCUGGGAGCGUUGACCAGAGUCAACAGGGCGGUAUAGGGGAUGAAGAGGAUGAUACACUUUGGAUGUAUCAAACGUGUAAAUCAGAAGAAAAUAGGAAGAACUGUUGUUGUAUUAAUCAAUGAACGAAGUACAGAGUUUUUCUUAAGAGUUUACUCACUCUCCUUCAUGAACAAGAUUGACAAUACAACUGAUACCCAUUUCUAUU